AACCGUGGAGGCCUUAGCCCUGGAUUUCUCAGAGAUGGAGGGUCAAGGCUACGACCGGUUUGGUGAGCUUGAGCAAGACACCUACCAGAUCGACUACCGCCGUAUAGUUGGUGACACUGAGCCUGCCAGGCCACGCCUCUCGCCCCGUGAAGGGGAACACACACACCCCAACUCCAACCCUCGUGGCGCCUACACGCACACCAACCCUCACGGCCACGGGCACGAGACGGCCGCACAGAGAUACAGUGCCACACGCAUCCAAGCCGGAUACGAACCUGAAAGUGAUUUCCUGAUUCUGCCUGGUUUCAUAGACUUUAUUUCUGAUGAAGUGGACCUGACCUCAGCUCUGACCAGGAAGAUCACCCUGAAGACUCCUAUCAUCUCAUCUCCCAUGGAUACGGUCACUGAGUCCUCCAUGGCCAUUGCUAUGGCUCUCAUGGGCGGGAUCGGGAUCAUGCACCAUAACUGUACUCCAGAGUUCCAGGCCAACGAGGUCCGCUUGGUUAAGAAAUUUGAGCAGGGUUUCAUCACAGACCCAGUGGUGAUGAGUCCUCGCCACACAGUGGGAGACGUAUUCGAAGCAAAGGUCCGCCACGGCUUCUCUGGCAUCCCUGUCACCGAGACGGGCAAGAUGGGCAGCAAGCUGGUGGGCAUCGUCACCUCCCGAGACAUUGACUUCCUCUCAGAGAAAGACCAUGACAGACCCCUGGAAGAGGCUAUGACAAAGAGGGAAGAUUUAGUGGUUGCACCAGCUGGCGUCACACUGAAAGAGGCCAACGACAUCCUGCAGCGCAGCAAGAAAGGUAAACUGCCCAUAGUGAAUGACAGUGAUGAGCUAGUUGCCAUCAUCGCCAGGACAGACCUGAAGAAAAACCGAGACUACCCACUUGCCUCUAAAGACUCCAGGAAACAGCUGCUGUGUGGAGCGGCCAUCGGAACCAGAGAGGAGGACAAAUGCAGACUGGACCUGCUGAUGCAGGCUGGGGUUGACGUGGUAGUGCUGGACUCCUCCCAGGGGAACUCUGUCUAUCAGAUCAACAUGAUCAACUACAUCAAACAGAAAUACCCUGAACUACAGGUGGUGGGAGGAAACGUGGUGACUGCAGCCCAGGCUAAGAAUCUGAUCGAUGCGGGUGUGGACGCUCUGAGGGUGGGGAUGGGCUGCGGCUCCAUCUGCAUCACCCAGGAAGUGAUGGCGUGUGGGCGUCCCCAGGGCACAUCAGUGUACAAGGUGGCAGAGUACGCCAGGCGCUUCGGUGUGCCCGUCAUCGCAGACGGAGGCAUCCAGACCGUUGGACAUGUGGUAAAAGCUCUCGCUCUUGGGGCAUCCACAGUGAUGAUGGGGUCAUUGCUCGCAGCAACCACAGAGGCCCCGGGGGAGUAUUUCUUCUCAGAUGGCGUGCGGCUGAAGAAGUACCGCGGGAUGGGCUCCCUGGACGCCAUGGAGAAGAACAGCAGCAGCCAGAAACGCUACUUCAGUGAGGGGGACAAGGUGAAGGUGGCUCAGGGUGUGUCAGGGUCGGUUCAGGAUAAAGGCUCCAUCCAUAAGUUUGCCCCCUACCUCAUCGCUGGCAUACAACAUGGCUGCCAAGACAUCGGAGCCAAGAGCCUCUGCAUACUGCGGUCCAUGAUGUACUCUGGGGAGCUGAAGUUUGAGAAGAGGACCAUGUCAGCUCAGGUUGAGGGGGGAGUACACGGGCUCCACUCUUAUGAGAAGCGGCUAUACUGAGGGAGGAGGGAGAAUGAGCUCACGAGCAGCACCCAGUGUACCCUCACCAGCAGCCACCAGGCACAACGGAUACAUGUGACCUACCUACAACCAUUACUCAACCUCCACCCAUGUUACCACAUCUAACCUACCUACAACCAUUACUCAACCUCCACCCAAGUUACCACAUCUGACCUACCUACAACCAUUACUCAACCUCCACCCAUGUUACCACAUCUAACCUACCUACAACCACUACUCAACCUCCACCCAAGUUACCACAUCUGACCUACCUACAACCAUUACUCAACCUCCACCCAUGUUACCACAUCUAACCUACCUACAACCACUACUUAACCUCCACCCAAGUUACCACAUCUGACCUACCUACAACCAUUACUCAACCUCCACCCAUGUUACCACAUCUAACCUACCUACAACCACUACUCAACCUCCACCCAAGUUACCACAUCUGACCUAACCAUAGCUGCUACUAAUUUCAACCAUUACAUAACCUUUUGGCUAUACAAGGGAAGACCACUGGACUCCUCUCCUCUUGUCUCCCUUUACCUACUCUUUCUCUGUGUUGUGUAAGAUGCUUUUGAGAGACCAAAGAGUCACAUCUGACUUAUGACUUAAUUGAUGUUAUGACAUAAACCACAGGGACUAGGGACUAAGCUUCAAUGGUCAGAUGUAUUGGGUUAUGGCACAGAGCCAUCGGGCUGUAUAAAUUAAAUCAAAUUGUAUUAGUCACAUGCGCCAAAUACAACAGGUGUAGGUAGACAUUACAGUGAAAUGUUUACAUACGAGCCCCUAACCAACAGUGCAGUUUCAAAAAUACGGAUAAGAGAUAAAAGGUACAAGUAAUUAAAGAGCAGCAGUAAAAAAAUAACAAUAUAUACACGGGGGUGCCGGUACAGAGUCAAUGUGCGGGAGCACCGGUUAGUUGAGGUAGUAUGUUCAUGCAGGUAGAGUUAAUUAAAGUGACUAUGCAUAGAUGACAACAGAAAGUGGCAGUUGUGUGGAGGGGGGGGGGGCAAUGCAAAUAGUCUGGGUUGCCAUUUGACUAGAUGUUCAGGAGUCUUCUGGCUUGGGGGUAGAAGCUGUUUAGAAGCCUCUUGGACCUAGACUUGGUGCUCCGGUACCGCUUGCCGUGUGGUAGCAGAGAGAACAGUCUAUGACUAGGGUGGCUGGAGUCUAUGACAAUUUUUUUAAUGUACAUAGCUAAUGUAGAACUGUGACUACUGUGUCCUGGGAGAGACUGUUUGAACAUAGUAAUCCUUGUUUUAUGUACCCUGGAACUCUUUAAACCAGGUCUGGUUGAUCAUGGUCCUAGGUCUUAGAUGUGUUUGGAGCACAGGAGGCAGGUGGCACCUUGAUUGGGGAGGACAGCCGCUUGGUAAUGGCUGGAGCCUCAAUGGGAUCAAAUGCAUCAAACAUGGAUUCCAUGUUUUUGAUUCCAUUCACUCUGUUCCAGUCAUUAUUAUGAGCAGUCCUCCCCUCAGAGGCCUCCACUGGUUUGGAGGUACAGUAGUGUUUUUUACUGUAUGGAAUAGCCUAGAGGUCUGUCCGUGUGGCUCUACUGUAGAGAGGACCAAAGCUAGGAUAAGCUAUAAGGUAAGCGUUAGCCUUAAAUCAGGGAUAACCACAGCGCCUUAAGACUGCACAUGGAGGCUAUACCAGUGUUGUAGUACUAGAGUCCGGGGGCCUCAUUUUAUGAAAUCUGUGGGUAAACCAUGUGUGGGAUCAUUUCCAUGCAAAGUGUGAGAUUUAUCACUAUGAACUUUGCUUGAGAGUGUGUAUACAUUUAUGCACAGCCAUAACGAUGCAUAGGCACAGUGCAAAGUGGCGGAAUAAGGGAACUGCUUGUCAAGCAUGAAUGGGGGAAAUAUUCUGUAUGUUGAAAAUGUGUGAAAUUGUGAGAGUAAUAAUUAAAUCAUUUUUCCGAUUUAAUUGU